GACCAUCUCAAGACCUUAUGCUCACACUAUCUCCAGAGCCAGCUGAUAUAGAAAGUGCCACAGAUUAUUUAUUUUUACCGGGACCGUUACAAGACUCUAUGCUCAAACUACCUCUGGAGCUAGCCGAAAUAAAUUCACUGCCUAAUUUUUCUCCACCCUUAACCAAUUUUAGUAAUGAUUGUCAAUCUUCUAUCGAUACCGGGCAAAGUUUUCUAGAAGAAAAUGUUAACAGUGAAUUUGUAACAGAGAUUUAUAGUGAAGAUUCAGAGGAUGAGGAUUAA